UGUGGAAUUAAUUAUCGUCACAAAGAUAGAGGAAGGCUCACUUAGCGUCCCCUCAUUUCCUAAUAAACAAGCUGUGUUGCAGCUUCUCUCAUCACAUUUGGGAUUCUAACUCUAACCAGGAAGCUGCAAGAGCUCUCAUCCUUCCAACAGAAUGCCAAGCCAGCUCGAGGGUGCAAUGGAUGCGCUGAUAACAGUUUUCUACAACUACUCUGGAAACGACGGAGACAAAUACAAGCUCAACAAGGGCGAGUUAAAAGAACUCCUCAACAGUGAGCUCACUGACUUCCUCACGUCUCAGAAGGAUCCGAUGCUGGUGGAGAAAAUCAUGAACGACUUGGACUCUAACAAAGACAACGAGGUGGAUUUCAAUGAGUUUGUUGUGUUGGUGGCCGCCCUGACUGUUGCCUGCAAUGACUUUUUCCAAGAGCAGAAGAAGAAAGCCAAGUAGAUGUCUGUAGAAAACCGUCUGUAAAUCUUAAAUCGUUUGAAAAUGUUAUCAAAUGUCCCAUCAGUUGAAUAUAGAAAAAUUUUUAGCACUUCCCAUUGUAUAGGAUUGGGAAUGUAAUAUUUAUGUAUGUAAGCACUCAGUCAUAUUGUCACAGAUUAAAAAGAAAAAAAGGUAAAAAAAAAAUAAAAUAAAAAGACCAACGUUCAGCCUGGAGCUGUUAAACAAUGACUUUGUGAUCUCACAUCGAGCGUCAAAUUAUAGUUGUUUUUAUAUUAGAGUGAUGUUUGUGACAAAAAAUACAAAAAAGAAAAAAUCCCACUGUGUUGUGAUUGUCAUCUAUUUUUAUCAUGUUUGAAGCUGUGUUUUAUUCCACAUUUGGGAUCAGGAAAGUAAGAGCUCUUCUCCCCUAGUUUUGUCUAUACGGUGAUAGAGGGCACAGUACGUUCAGGUCAUUACUGACGAUUAACUGAGUGGCAUUAACCUUUAAAAAGACACCUUUGUCAUCAAAAAAUCCUUCAUGGUCAUUUAUUUUGUUUGCUGAGAGAGUCCCUGCUCUAAUAUAAAUGUCAAAAGUUGAAUAUCUCAUAAAUGUCUUUGUAGGCGUUGUCACAGCCUGAUGGUGCAUUAAGUAGGAAACAUUUUUGUCCCCUGACCCUCUUGCUGUCAGUCUGUGCUCCCCAAGGUGGAACACUUUUUCCUUCAUGUUGGUGCAAAGCUAGAGUCAUGGAAAAACGCACAGGAUCACAGUGAUAAGAUAUUUACUGUACAAUGUCUGUAACAUUUAGCCCAAUACUUUAUGCUUCUCAAGCUAGACUUUUUUUUCUUUCCUGAUAUUUACAAUGUUUGUUUGUUUGUUUGUUUUCAACAAUUUAAAAUUCUGACCACUGAUCUGUUUUUUAACAAUAUAGGCCUUUACAUGGUAAAAAAAAAUCACUUCUACAUCAUGUAAAAGCUAAAUGAAGAUACAGUGAAUAAACAGCACUAUUUCAUCUGGAAACUGGAACACUUAUUAUUCACUGGAUGCACAUGCUGUUUUAACACACUAUGGCAAUAUGUAAUGUUUGUAUGCUCACCAACACAGUUGGAAGUCUGAAUGUCAUCUAUCGUCCACAGAACGAGGUUGCACGCCAAUAUUUUCGUUUAAAUGCCGCAGCCUACCUGAGUAUUGUUGCUGACCGUGUCCAUCCCUUUAUGACCACAGUGUACCCAUCUUCUGAUGGCUACUUCCAGCAGGAUAACGCACCAUGUCACAAAGCUCAAAUCAUCUCAAACUGGUUUCUUGAACAUGACAAUAAGUUCACGGUACUCCAAUGGCCUCCACAGUCACCAGAUCUCAAUCCAACAGAGCACCUUUGGGAUGUGGUGGAACAGGAGAUUCUCAUCAUCGAUGUGCAUUCGACAAAUCUGCAGCAAUUGUGUGAUGCUAUCAUGUCAAUAUGGAUCAAAAUCUCUGAGGAAUGUUUCCAGCACCUUGUUGAAUCUAUGACACGAAGAAUUAAGGCAGUUCUGAAGGCAAAAGGAGGUCCAAACGGCACUAGCAAGGUGUACCUAAUAAAGUGGCCAGUGACUGUAAAAAGUAGAGGGGUUU